CCUCUGUCUCUCCCCUACAGAAAACCGCCUGAUUCCCACCGAAUUACGCCAGGAGGCCUUGGCCUUACAGGGCUCCCUGGAGUUUGAUGAUGCCGGUGGUGAAGGUGUGACCAGCCAUGUGGAUGAUGAAUAUCGAUGGGCUGGAGUCGAGGAUCCCAAAGUCAUGAUCACUACCUCCCGAGACCCCAGCUCCCGUCUCAAGAUGUUUGCCAAGGAGCUGAAGUUCGUGUUCCCAGGUGCCCAGCGCAUGAACCGAGGCCGGCACGAGGUGGGGGCAUUGGUGAGAGCCUGCAAGGCCAAUGGGGUCACUGACCUGCUGGUGGUCCAUGAGCAUCGAGGCACCCCAGUGGGGCUCAUUGUCAGCCACCUGCCCUUCGGCCCCACCGCUUACUUCACGCUGUGCAACGUGGUCAUGCGGCAUGACAUCCCGGACCUGGGCACCAUGUCGGAGGCCAAGCCCCACCUCAUCACACACGGUUUCUCUUCCCGCCUGGGCAAGCGGGUCUCUGACAUCCUCCGAUACCUGUUCCCUGUGCCCAAAGAUGACAGCCACCGGGUUAUCACCUUUGCGAACCAGGACGACUACAUUUCAUUCCGGCACCAUGUCUAUAAGAAGGUGGACCACCGCCACGUAGAGUUGACAGAAGUCGGGCCUCGCUUUGAGCUGAAGCCGUACAUGAUCCGUCUGGGCACGCUGGAGCAGGAAGCCACAGCAGAUGUGGAGUGGCGCUGGCACCCCUACACCAACACCGCACGCAAGAGGGUCUUCCUGAGCGCUGAGUGAGCCUACCAGCCACUCAGAACGUGGACUUGGAACUUGAAUCAGGCUGCUAGAAACAGGCCUACUGAGCUUGGGUGUGGGUCUGUGGGGGUAAGGGGCCUGAAUAAACUGUGUCAUGUCAA